CGUUGGUGCUGGUGUGACUUUAGCGGGUAGCCUUCCUCUCUGUGAGUCCAGAGCAGAGCGGAGCUAACGAGGCUAAGCAGUUAGCAUCGCUGAGUGUUAGUAAACACAAAGUCUGAAGGAUUCAACACAAACACGUCCAGUAAGGUUCAACUAAACGCGGGGUUUGGCUUUCUGGCUUCUUAUUUUAUUACUUCGUUCACUUAUAUACCUGUUACAAUGCUAACAGCUAGCUAAUGCUAACCAGCUAGCCGAUGCUAACCAGCUAGCUAAUGCUAACCAGCUAGCUAAUGCUAACCAGCUAGCCGAUGCUAACAGCUAUUUAAAGGCGCAUCGUGGAAUAGCAUCGUCCUCUUCUGUCUUCAGACUGAUCAUAAACAACAGCAGAAAUAGCCAACAUUUUGGAUGGCGGUGGCUCCUGCCUCGAUGGCGGAUAAGAUCAUCGUCCUUGAUGAUGAUGAAGAGGAGGAGAGUCCACAACCCUCCCACUCUGCCUCCACCUUGUCUUCUCAGCUUCAAGCCAAACGUGUGGCACGACUCAAAGCUCAGCAGCCUGCCCCUACCCACAUUACCCAGUCACCUUUUGCCUCAGCGAAGAAGGACGCGCAUGUUCUGCAGGCAGAGAAUCAGAGGUUGUUCACUGAGUUUGUGGAGCACUGCUCAUCUCUAACCAAGGACUGCCCCGAGGUCUUGACCUUCCUCCAAACCAAGCAUGCCAAGGCCUGCCCCGAUUAUCUGUCAUCCGUGGAGUUCAGGAACACCUUGGGACGAUGUUUGACUCAUGCUCAGGCCAACCGUUCCAAAGCCUUUGUCUACAUCAAUGAACUGUGCACUGCGCUCAGGCAGAACGCAGCCAAGAGGAGGCUGACCCUCACCCAGGUUGAACCCGGGCCUUCUACCUCAACAUCAACUUCUGUCCAGUUUACCUCUGAUGUGUUUAAAAGGAAAGACAAGAGUGAAGAUAACAUGGAUGAGGAAGGGGAAGGGGAAGGGGUGAAACCGGCAGCGGAGGAUAAGCAACCUUCCACUUCAGGGCUGCAGGAGGGCAAUAAUGUGGGGGACCAGGAAGCACAGAAAAAGGAAAAGAGGGCAUCCAGGAAACAGAUAGCGUACCUGGAGAACCUUCUGAAGGCGUACAACGACGAGAUCUCACGCAUGCAGCAGGCCGAGCUGAGUUUAGACGACCUGGGAACUGAGGACUCUUUAUACAUCCAGGAACACAAGCUCAAACGCAAGAUGAUGAAGAUUUAUGAAAAGCUGUGUGAACUAAAGAAGUGCGGCACACUAACAGGCCGAGUCAUUGAGCAGAGGAUCCACUACAAAAGCACUCGUUAUCCUGAGAUCAACAGGAAGAUCGAGCGUUUCAUCAACAGUCCCGAGGCGCAGCGGAACCCUCCGGAUUACCAAGACAUCCUCCAGCAGGUGCUGCGCACCAAUGAGCGCCACAAACUGUGCCUGAGCCGAAAACAACUGAACCAGAUGGCCCAGGAGGCUUUCAGAGAGACCGGGAGCUGCAUGCAGGAGAGACGUCACCUGGACCUGGUGUACAACUUCGGCUCGCGCCUCACUGAUGCUUACAAGCCUGCCACAGACCCGGCUCUCAAGGACCCCUCACUGCUGCGGAAGCUUCGGUCGAACAGAGAAGUGGCGCUGUCCCGUCUCGACGAGGUCAUCACCAAGUACGCCGUCAAACAAGAGGACACUGAGGAGUUGGAGAGGGCCAAACGACUGGAGAAAGACAGCAAGGAGAAAGAGGUCCAAAAAUCAGAAAAUGGAGAAGGAAAUAAAGAGGUGAACGGAGUGGCAGAGGAGGAAGAAGAGGUGGAGGAGGAUGACGAUGAAGAAGAUGAAUCAUCAGACACAGACAUAGAGGAAGAGAUCCAGGCCAGCACUCAGCAGGAGGGACCAGACAAUGAUGAUAAUGAGGAUGACGACAUUAACGAGGAGGAAGCAGCAGAUGAUGGUACCAAGCAGGAGGAUGAGACGGAUCAGUUGGCAGGAAGUGUUUCUGCAGGGGAAGAAGGAAGCGUCAAAGAUGAGGAUGAGGAGCCAGCAGGUGGACUCUGUCCUCUUUCUAAUGACAGCAAGUCCCAAACCUCUCCGCUGUCUGAUCUCCCCUCCCCUAGACAGACCCCCAGCCAAUCGGUGACAAUGCAGACUGAUGACCAGACGCCGUUGUCUAACGGUACCCAUGCAGGAUUAGAGCAGCCCGUGGAUUCCUCCAAUCAUGUUUCAGUCGUGCUGGUAAGCACCAGCAAAGUCACUAAGGACCCUGCGGACGUCUCCCCCGCGGAAGCCAACGGGGUGUCUUUGCCCCUUUCGCCAGCAGUCAUUGUAGAAAAUUGUGACACACAGACUACCAACGGCACGUCGCCGCCGCCAAGUCUCAGAGCCACGAGGAGCCAGAAGAGGAAGAGGGAGGACGUUACAUCAGGGAACUCCCGAAAUACGAAGCACAUACUCAUCCAUGACAGUGAGGUGGACAUCCCUCUGGAUAUGGGCGUUUUCAGCUGCAAGUCUCCGCAGCAGACAGAGUCAACCCGAGCGGACACUCCAACCCGUGAAACGGUCAGCAGCUCACAGUCGACGCCGCCUCCCAAGAAAAACAAGGUCAACGUGGCCACCCAGUGUGACCCAGAUGAGGUCAUCGUCCUGUCAGACUCAGAAUGACCUUUCGCCCUUUGACCUCUCACUGUACAACAAGAUUCUUCCACAACUCACCUGUAUUCUGGGACAGAUUUCCUGAAAGGAUGAACUUCUAAGGCCGCCCCUCGCUGCUGGCUUGUAAGAAGAGG